AACGUUUGUGGUGAUUCAGGAACCGUCUUUGAGAAGAACUGUGUGCUGCAUUCCACAUCGCAUGAACCACAAUCGUUUAAACGCUUAACAUCUUGUUUGCGCCCCGAAUCCGGUUUGCUAAGGCGGGGAAGGACCAAGAGAAUACACGUGAUUAUUCAUCAGGGUCGCUCCAGACCGUGGAAGCUUGAAGCAAUUGUCAAUCAAGCACACCGGUGGUUCGCAAUGGGUCCCGGGGAUGUUGACUACUCCCUUUAUCUGGUUACCGAUUCUACCUCUGCAAUCCUCGGUGACAGAGAUCUUGUUGAGGUCGUCGAGGCUGCAUUGAAUGGCGGGGUCACCAUUUGCCAAUAUAGAGACAAAGUCAGCGAUACAGCUACGCUGGUGUCCACUGCUCGAAAGUUGCACGCUGUGACGCAGAGAUACAACAUUCCGCUUCUCAUCAACGAUCGCAUCGAUGUUGCCUUGGCGAUUGGCUGCGAGGGUGUACAUAUUGGUCAAGAUGAUCUGGACUUGAAAACUGCCAGGAAAUUACUCGGCAAAGAUGCAAUCAUCGGUGUAACGGUUUCCACGGUUGAAGAGGCACAGAAAGCCUGUAGGGACGGGGCUGAUUAUCUUGGUAUUGGGACCAUGUUUGCAACUCCGACGAAAACCAACACCAAGUCUGUAAUUGGAACAUCAGGCACGCAGCAAAUACUUCAAGCCAUAGCGGAUGAAGGCAAAAAUGUACGAACGGUGUCAAUCGGAGGAAUCAACUCCGAAACAGUUCAACGUGUCUUAUAUCAAUCAGCACAUCCGACCAAACAACUGGACGGGGUUGCAAUUGUGAGUGCUAUCAUGGCUGCAAAGGAUCCUAAAAAGGCCGCUGAGAAGCUUCUCAGUCUCGUCAAGACCCCCCCGCCAUUUGCCGCAGCAUCAUUGGCAAACACAAAGAAGAAACAAGACGCAGGUGAUCUCAUUGACCAGGUACCUAUGAUCAUCAAGGCAGUUGGCGAGAAGACACCACUCUCGCAUAACAUGACAAACAUGGUUGUUCAGAACUUUGCAGCAAAUGUUGCAUUGGCCGUGGGUGGCUCUCCCAUAAUGGCAAAUCAUGGUGAGGAGGCGACAGAUCUCUGCAAAUUUGGAGGUAGCCUGGUCAUCAACAUAGGAGGAGUAACACCAGAAGGGCUACAGAACUAUUCACGAGCAUUACGGGCUUACAACUUGGAAGGGGGGCCAGUUGUACUCGAUCCUGUCGGUGCUGGUGCUACUGCCCUACGAAGAUCCGCAGUUAAAACCUUAUUGGCUGGAGGCUACUUUGAUGUUAUCAAAGGUAAUGAAGGCGAGAUCAAAACUGUUUUCGGAUCAACCGCUCAACAACGAGGGGUUGACAGUGGCCCAAGCACCCUGGACGAUGCCGAGAAGGCAGCGUUGGUUCGAGAUCUGGCAGCAAGAGAGCGGAACGUCAUCGUCAUGACGGGUGCAACCGAUUUCUUGAGUGACGGAUCUCGCACCUUUGCUAUCUCGAACGGGCACGAGCUGCUAGGAAGAAUUACAGGCAGUGGAUGUGUUUUGGGAACCACGAUAUCCUUGAUGCUUGCUGUCAGUCGUGAGGACAAGCUCCUUAGUACUCUGGCAGGGUUGCUUCACUAUGAGAUUGCGGCAGAAAUUGCGGCAGCUCGUGAAGACGUCAAGGGACCCGGGACCUUUGUACCGGCCCUGAUCGACGAACUGUACAAUAUACAAAAGGCGACAACAGCUGGUGACCUUAGAUGGCUGGAGAAGGCAAAAGUCAAGGCUGUUCGCGUUAAAUAAGUUCAAUUGCCAUUUUCUCUGGAUACCAGGAAAUGGAAACGAUGUUGGCUGCGAAAUGCGACAAGUGUUCGCAUAUAUCAAUACCAAGGAUCGUUGCCUCGCUGAUAUGGAAGAACUACUCUUCUUCUUUGACUCCAUGGGAGUCGACAGCAAGAGAAGCCUCUAGCAAAUUGAACAAUCCCGCUUUUCCCAAGGUUUACUGCUCCUUGAUUGUUGAAUGCAAGAGACAUCGCGG